AUGCGGCUGUAUGGAGCCUGGAAGCUGCUUCCUCUGCUGCCAUGGGCGCGGGCAUUGCUCAGCCGCAGGGCCGAAGCUGGUCUAGCCUCCUUGGCGGCCUCUGAAGAGGGAGAGGCAACGGGCAAGCGAUGCCUCGCUAGCGCUCGUGAGCCUGUCGCUGAGGCCCGGCAGAGUUCGGACUUGAUCUUGGAGGCGUGCAUGCAGCAGGACCAGUGGAGUUUUGCUUCACAGCCAGCUGAAGGGCGUUUGCAUGGAGAUGUGCCAUGCACCCAGUUUGCCUUCGUUGAAGUUGCGCUGCAGUUGGGCUGUAUCCAAACUGUCCACAGUGUGGCAGUGGGUCGGCAUCUGCUGCUGCUGGCCAUCCGGGCGAUGUCGCAAUCCCAGGGCCGUCUACUGAGGACCUGGGAUAGCAUUCUCUUUCAUAUGGAGCAGAUGGGCCAGUGGGGAAGGGAUAUGAUCAGGCACUGGGAGACUCCCGAGAAAACGUCUCAAUUACAACUGUGGGGUCUGGCGCUGGGCUUGGUCUUGGAGUUCAGCGGAAUGGGCCGCGGGGUCCGUGCAGUAGUUGGGGGCGAAAAAGCGGCAGAGCGAUUUGCCAUCUUGUACAGCGUGGGAAACUUGAUCGCUUUGAUGGGAACCUUCUUCCUUGCAGGGCCUAUGAGGCAGAUUCGCCGAAUGGGCCGCGAGCACCGAUGGGCGGUCUCUCUUUGCUUUCUGGUGUCUAUGGUGCUGACUUUGGUCGUGGCUAUGCUCCCGGGCAACUGGCAUGGACGAACAUUGAUCCUGCUUAUACUUACGCUCAUUCAGUGGGCGUCAUUGGUUUGGUACACGCUUUCCUACAUUCCUUUGGGCCGACGCACGGCGCUAGCAGCUAUGAGGAGCUGCUGGAGACGCUGUAUGGGAGAGUGA